ACCCUUCCAUUAAUCCCCCCUCUCUUGGGUAUUCCUUUCCACUUCCGCAGUUCCGCUCAAUCUCAGCUCCCCUUCCAAGCAUCCCCCAUCUCUCCCCAAUCUCUCCAAUCGCGCGAGAGCGCACGCAAGCCCGGGCCCCUCUCCUCCCCGCCAAACCCUAACCCUAGCCCAAACCGACCGAGGGGUACCGGGCCGCGGGUGGCGGGAGGCAUGGCGGACACGGCGCGCGACGGCGUGGACGCCUUCGCGGACGAGGUGGAGCCCACGCUCACCAUCGGCGAGUACAUCGAGGGCAUCGAGGCCGAGGAGCUGGAGGUGGAUUUGGUGCUGGGCGGGGACGACGGCAAGGAGUGCACCUACGCCGGCGGGUACCUCAAGCGACAAGCCGUCUUCUCCUGCCUCACCUGCGUGCCCGAUGGAGUCGCCGGGGUUUGCACCGCCUGCAGCCUCGCAUGCCACGACGGACAUGAGAUUGUUGAACUUUGGACAAAGAGAAGGUUUCGUUGUGACUGUGGGAACUCAAAGUUUGGCGGUCACCUCUGCAAACUCUGCCCUGAGAAAGAUUCUGAGAAUCCAGAAAAUUGUUAUAACCAUAACUUCAAAGGUUCAUAUUGCACAUGUGGAAGGCCGUAUCCUGAUCCAGAAGCUAAAGAGCAAGUUGAAAUGAUACAAUGCUGUAUUUGUGAGGACUGGUUUCAUGAGGAUCAUAUUGGUCUUAACUCUAUUGAAGAGAUACCGCGAGAUGAGGAAGGGGAGCCACUCUAUGAGGAUUUCAUAUGCCAUAAAUGCUCACCUGUUUGUCAUUUCUUGAAACUGUAUCCUCAAACAAUCUGGGCUUCUGGUAAGCAGAAAUUGGCAUCACAAACUGAUACAAGUAAUUCAACUGUGAUGGAAGGAGGACCUUCAGAUCAGGCUAACAUUGAGAAACAUGAAAAUGGUGAUCUUGUUGAUCAUAUGUGUGGUGAGAAGACCUCCAUGGAGAAUGGUACUGCAAAAGAUAUUGCUGUUCCUGAGAAGGCCAAUUUAGGGAGCAGUUCUGGAGACAUCUGCAAGCUAGGAAUGGAUGUAAAUACGAUGCCAGCUGUUACAGAGAGAAAUAUGCCCUUUUUCAUGUCUAAAGGCUGGAGGGAUACACUAUGCAGGUGCGAAACAUGCACUAACUUCUAUGCACAACAGGGUAUUGCAUAUCUUGUUGACAAGGAGGACUCUAUUGAGGAGUAUGAGAAGAUUGCCAAGCAGAAGAGGGAGAAGAAGUUGGAGCAGCAGGAAGGAGCUGAGACAAACUUCCUGAAUUCGCUUAACCAUGUUCAGAAGAUAGAGAUCUUGAGUGGCAUUAAUGACAUGAAGAAUGAGUUUCAGUCCUUUUUGGAAUCUUUUGACUCGUCAAAACCAGUCACGUCUGAAGAUAUCCGCUCUGUUUUCGAGAAUCUGGCGAAAAAGAAGAAACAGAGGUUAUCUUAGAGCUUGUGCCACCUCAGCCCCCCCGCUAAGGCAAGCAGUCUGCUGCUGGGUAGCGUAUUGCUGGUUGGGUACCUUCAGAUACCCUGAGUAAUGUCAUCUUAGGUGCUACUGGACUUAACAGUAAUGUGUUCUAGCAGGAACAUGGUGAUGUUUAAUGUACCGAAGCCACUCGCAGUAGAUUUGGAUGGCCCAGCUGGCAAGCAACCUGUUUGCUCCUUAAUCUGAACGCUGUUAGGUAGUAAUUUACAUUGUGUUACCAUUUACGAGUCUCUUGCAGUUGCAAGUUUUACUAGAGCUGAACCAGGUUCUGCUUGAGUAUGAUGCUCGCCCUUCUCAA